AUGUCUGACCACAAGACUACACUUCGUGAAGCAAAGGAAUGGCUCCUUGCAAAUCCUUCUGAAUUAGUUUCUACUGCACAUGUCGAGGUUGAGGAGCUGUGGGUCAACAAGUACAAAGCAUUGGCAGUUAGUGCAGAGAUCGCAGAAGUUGAAGGUGAAGAUACUGAGAAGCCGCUUUCGAAUGAGUUUCUUACAUGGCGUACACAAAAGCGGGGUACUGACGUUAUUCAAGAUGAAUAUACUCAGUAUUUACAAGCCCCACUUGUUAAAACUGAUGAUGCGAGAGCAUGGUGGGCUGAGCCUAAUCGUUGGUUCUCAAACCACCGCCUGGAGGCGGUUGGCGAAAGCGAACUGGGACGCGAAAGCGAUUGUGGGACACUUCGGGAGCGGACUCGCGACGCGACACGACCGACCAUGAACACGACUGACAACGUAACAAUGCUGUAA